ACACCACUUAAGGCGGCGCCACGCACCAGAUAACACCUGAGAAAUGUGGCGGCUCAUACACUUGGGUACUGCCAUAGUGGCAGGCCUUCUCCACGCCAUCAUUAUGGACCAGAGAGUUGUAUAAACAAAGGAGGCUGAGUCAAUACGUGAAGACCGCCUGGAGACAAGAAGUUGACACAUGGGACUAUGUCUUCCAACAGCGGCGCCAGGAGCGGCCACCAGCGCGGGUCCCCCACUGGCCCAGGUCACAGGUCACCCAUGUGACCAGCUCGCAGGCACCUACCACACCUGGUUGUCUAGGGCUGUGGCUGUGGAUGUGGUGGUUGUGGGAGGAGGUGUGGCUGGUCUGACCACUCUCAAAACGCUCCUGGAUCACGGCGUGGAGGAUGUCAUCCUUCUGGAGGCCCAGGACUACUUAGGUGGGAGAGUGCGCACAAUCAGACAAGAUGGUGUGCUGGUGGAGGAGGGAGCAGAGUGGAUUCACGGAGGACAGGACAACCCCUUGUACAAGCUGGCCUCCACCCUCAAUGCUCUUAGCCCCGUCCUUCCUGAUAACGCUUGGGACUGGCGCGUGGUGACGGAGGCCGGCAGACCUGGAGACCAGCAGGCCUACCAUCUGGCCAAGAAGCUGAUUGACCUCUCUGAGGAAGACGGUGUUCUCACUCCUUACUACAAUGCCAGCCUCGGACAUUUCUUCAUAGACAAGUUCAAUAAAACAUUCAGGUCCCAGAGCACCAGUGUGAUGAAGAGAGCUUCGCUUCAUUACUUAGAGAAGAUGGUAAACCUGGUGUUUGGGACAUCGGACUGGCUGCAGGUGGCCACCAGGGACGCUGACCGCUUCCAGGAGUAUGGUGACGACUUCCAGUGGAAGCAGGGCUACGACACCCUCGUCACCCACCUAAUGGCAGACGUGGCAGACAGCAGGGUGAGGUUGUCGUCACCAGUGUGCAAGAUAGUGUGGGAGAAGGAGGAGAAGGUACAGGGUGACAGGGUCCUCGUGGUCACCCUCGGGGCAGACUCCUAUCUCGCCCGCCAUGUUGUGGUCACCACCUCCGUCGCCCACCUGCAGGAGCGUCACGCCCACCUCUUCACCCCUCCUCUCCCACCUUCCUUCCUCUCAGCCCUCAUGGCUGAUUGUCAGGCCGAAUACGGAGCAUGCUGCGCCAAAGCGGUUGAAUAUGUGCUUCAGAUCUUCUGCUGUGUGUGUGGUGAUUGCUGCGUCGUCGGCGAAGAGGAAGUCCCAGGAGAUUCUCAUCUGUAUUUUCGUCUUUGCUCGGAGUCUGGAUAAACUGAAGAGCUUUCCAUCAGAUAUUGUACAGAGAUAGAUGCCCUCUGUGGUUGUUCCAAAUGCAUGCUUGACGAGGAUCGCGAAGAAGAUUCAAAACAGGGUUGGAACAACAACGCAUCCCUGUUUAACACCAAUGUUGAUGUUGUAUGGUUCAGAGGUUGAGCUGUCGUACACGACCGUACCAACCAUGUCCUAGUGGAAUGAGUGUAUCAUGUUGAGUAGGGAGGGUGGGCAGCCAAUUUUGGCCAAGAUCUUGAUGAGUCUAUUCCUGCUCACGAGGUUGAAGGCCUUAGUAAGGUCAAUGCACAGAGCUUUUCUCUGCUCCUUGCCCUUUUAUUGAAGCUGUAUCAGCGAGAACACCAUGUCAAUGGGGUUCUCGUCACGUCUAACACCGCACUGUGCCUCUGGGUAUACUCUUUCAGCAAGAAUGAGGAGCCUGGCCAAGACGACCCUGGCGAAGAGUUUGCCAACGACCCUGACGAGGGAGAUGCCGCGAUAAUUGUUGAUAUCGCUUCUGUCCCCCUUUACUUUUGUAGGAAAUGAUGAAGUUCACAUCUCUCAUGUCUUGUGGCACCGAACCUUCUCUCCAGCACGUGCACAGAAGUUCUUGAAGCUCAGUUUUAAGUGUUCCUCGAGCACAAUUAAGAACUUCAGGAAGAAUCUCGUCGUCUCCUGGGGCCUUCCUUGAGGAAAGUGAAUCUAGUGCUAUCUCAACAUCUUCCACAGUCGGUUCAAGGUCAAGUUCUUUGUGGAUAUAUACCCACAAACACAAUAUAUUACCUCAUUAAUACUGUAACAAAGACAAUAUGUAGCCUCUAUAAUUUUGUAACAAACACAACAUGUUUCCUCUAUAAUAUUGAAAGAAACUCAAUAUUUCUCUCCUAUAAUAAUAUUACAAACUCAAUAUGUUUCCUCUGUAAUACUGUAACAAAAACAAUAUAUUGUCUUUAUUCUUUAUCAAACACAAUAUGGUGCCACAAUUAUACUGUAACAAACUCAAUAUAUUGCGUCUAUAAUACUGUAACAAACACUAUAUGUUGCCUCUAUAAUACUUUAAGUAACACAA